AUGCUACCAUUCGAGCACAAGACUGUUUUGGAUAAAUGGGGAGUAAAUUUCCAGCCAUUCAUCUCGGAGAAGGUUAGCGUUGUUGUUGGAGAUGUCUCCUGCGAGGGUUUGGGGAUUCAUGACUUCCAUUUGAAAGAAGAAAUUCUGAAAGAAACUGACAUGGUUCUCAACUUCGCCGCCAUCACCAAGUUUGAUGAAAGGUACGAUGUGGCACUUGGGACAAAUACUUUUGGAGCUUUGAACGUGCUAGACUUCUCGAAGAAAUGUGCCAAAGUCAAGUUGGUUGUCCAUGUCUCAACUGCAUACGUUUAUGGGGAAGAGCCAGGACUUCUAAUGGAGAAGCCGCUAAGAUGGAGAAGAGCAAGAAAUAACAACAACAUUGCUGAAGUAUUGAAUUGUGAAACUGAGCUUCUCCAAAACAGACUGCAAGAACUCCAUUCCAAAAAACUUCCCCACAAAGAAAUUGCCUCUGACAUGCGAAAUCUCGGCCUGGAAAGGGCGAAGUACUAUGGAUGGCCUAACACUUACACGUUCACUAAGGCAAUGGCAGAGAUGGCACUUCUCGACUCCAAGGGCGACCUCCCUCUUGUCAUCCUAAGGCCAACAAUGAACCCAAUAAGACUGCCAGAGGUUCACAAGAUGGGCCAGGCUUUCUUCUCCAAAGAUCCAUGGAGAGAUCGCCACGAGAAGCCCGUAAAAGUCGGCAAUGGGCUUACUGAUUUCGACGACACGAACUUGGAGGAGUUGAGGAAAAGGACUAGUGAAAAAGGGUUGUACGAGGUGGAUGGGGUUGAGUUAAACAUGGAUACGAGGAGCAUCAAUUGGGAGGACUACAUCAUGAAUGUCCACAUUCCUGGUCUUGUUAAAUUCGUCAUGAAAUGA